CGCCGCCCCCUCAGCCUCCGCCCCGCCCGGCCCGGCCCGGCCCUGCGCUCAGGGAGCCCGGCGGACGCGUUGCAUCAUCCUUGAGUAUCAAUGAAAGACCAAGUAUGGCUUUCUUCAAGCAACAGAAGGUGGAGGACAUUUACGAAAUUGGGGAAGAGCUGGGAAGUGGCCAGUUUGCUAUAGUGAAGAAGUGCCGAGAGAAAAGCACAGGGGUGGAAUACGCAGCCAAGUUCAUCAAGAAGCGCCAGAGCCGGGCCAGCCGGCGCGGCGUGAGCCGGGAGGAGAUUGAGCGCGAGGUCACCAUUCUGCAGCAGAUCCUGCACGUCAACAUCGUCAAGCUGCACGACAUCUAUGAGAACAAGACAGAUGUGGUCCUCAUUUUGGAGCUGGUUUCUGGAGGAGAACUUUUUGACUUCCUGGCACAGAAGGAGUCUUUGAGUGAAGAGGAAGCAACCAGGUUCAUCAAGCAGAUUUUGGAUGGUGUGAAUUACCUUCACUCUAAGAAAAUUGCUCACUUUGAUCUAAAGCCUGAAAACAUUAUGCUUCUAGACAAAAAUAUCCCUAUUCCGCACAUCAAACUCAUUGACUUUGGCCUGGCUCACAAAAUAGAAGAUGGAGUUGAAUUUAAAAAUAUAUUUGGAACUCCGGAAUUUGUAGCUCCAGAAAUUGUAAACUAUGAACCACUUGGAUUAGCUGCAGACAUGUGGAGCAUAGGAGUCAUCACCUACAUACUGCUUAGUGGUGCAUCACCUUUCCUUGGAGAAACUAAACAAGAAACACUUGCCAACAUCACAGCUGUGAAUUAUGAUUUUGAUGAAGAAUUUUUCAGCAAUACUAGUGACCUGGCAAAAGACUUUAUUCAGAAACUACUGGUGAAAGAUACACGGAAGCGGCUUACAAUUCAGGAAGCUCUGUCUCAUCCAUGGAUAAUGCUGAAAGAUGAAACCAAAGUCCAGGAAAACAAGAAGGUGGAGAACACACAGCUGAAGACAAAACGCCUGAGGGAGUACACCAUAAAGUGCCACUCGAGCAUGCCCCCCAACAACACCUACAUCAACUUUGAGCGCUUUGCCCGCGUUGUAGAGGACAUUUCCCGUGUGGAGCAGGGUUUCAUCACGUUGGCUGCAUCCCACGAUUCCUUGCAGGAGGACAUAGAUGUUCUGCUUUCCAUUUAUAAUGAGAAAGAAGCUUGGUAUAAGGAAGAGAGUGAAAGUGUGAGGCACACGCUGUCCCAGCUGAAGUAUGAAUACCGUAAAGUGGAGUCCCUGAAAAGGCAUUUGUAUGAUGAUAGUGAGGCUGUCAGUGCUAGUCUUGCAGGUGUGUGUGGGAAAUAUGCCGAACUGCAGAGCCAGUAUGAAUCCCUCAGACAGGAACUUUCUGAGGAAAUCAAGUGGAUACAGGAUUUAAUGAGCAGUUUUCAACUGGAAAAUGAAGCCUGUGUGAAUGGAAACUUUGACUCUGUUUUCAACAAAAAUAUUAAUGAAUCACUAAUGGAGCUGUUAAAUAGAUCUUGCUGUGAAAAAUUCCUUGCAGGGUUGAGUCUUGAUGGGACAGAAUCCCAUCAGUAACACUGAGAUCAGGCUAAGUGCAGGGUUUGUUGCUUGUUUCAAUGUACAUCAGUUUAAAAAGGUUCCAGUGCAUAGAUUCUACAUAAAAACAUGACCUAGAAUUAAAGUAGAAGUUUUGUGUAUUGCACAAGCUGCUGACCCAGGCCAUAAUCUCCCAGUGGUUUAUAGUGUUGAAGUUGUUUUGUUUUUUUCCUGUGUUCAGUCUGAACUUGCAGGAACAAGAUUAUCACAGUGGUAUGGACACAUCUAACGCAAAAACCUUUGGUAUUGCCUAUAUUUUACUCUUCAUCAUGUAUUACAGUUCCUAAAGAUUACUAGGUAAUUAAAGUGGAAUAAAGACUAAGUCAGUCUGUACUUACUAGAAACUGGGUGCCUGGAAACUAAUAAAAAUUCCCCUUACAGCAUCUUUGGUUGGCUGAAGGAAACAGUUGGAUAGCUCUGCUGCAGGCAGUUCUAUACACGUUAUGAUACAAAUAUUUGCAAAGGUAAAAUGUGCUAAUUAAAGCAAAUGGUGUAGUAAUUUAGCUUGUACUGUGGAAAUUCACUGUGAAAUGGCUGCCAAUGAAGAAUGUUAGGAUUAGUGUUUAGGCCAAUUGUGCAGGGUGAACUCUUUUACCUGCAAAAGUAAGGUGAAUUUUAAACUAAAGGAUUAAUCGACAGCUGAGUUUCCUUUCCUGUACCAAAGAAAUCCUAUUCAAAAGACACCAUUGGAAACUUGUAAUGAUCAACUGACUCUGUAAUUUUGCAGUGCAAAUGUCAAUUUUUGACUAAGUGAUAAUACAGUCCUCUGGUUUGUUUUCUACAGUGAAGAAGAUUACAAAGAUACAACUAACUUAAUCUGUGGUGUGGCAUUUGAGACUAGUGUUCUUGCUAUAAAGAUUUUUUUUUCCUUAGGUUUUAAAAGUAAAAGAAAACCCAACCUUGAAUCAUGCCCUGCUGUCUUGUAUUUCAAAGAAGUAAUUUGGUUAUACUGUAUUCAUAUGCACAGAUGAACUAAACUCAUUUUUGAACACAAUAAAUAGUCAUUUAUGCA